CAACUUUUUGUUUUCUUUGUUAUAAUAUCAUAUUGUUUUUUCUUUACGCUUAAAAGAGGCUUUUCACGAUCAGUUUAAACAGCAGCAUUAAAAUGUCAUCGACAGAUGAACUCCGCGAGGUUCAAGUUGAAAUUCGCGGGACCGACCACGCAGCACAGCAUGGACAUCAGAUGAACAUUGAAGACAGAGAUCCGGCAGCCAUGAACGACCACGUGAAGGUAAGACGCGACUUGCCAGUGGCGAUCCAACCAAUUAUUCGUUCUCUCCAAAGAAGGGCUAACGCUCGAAACUUCAGCUUUGAAACUCUUUAUGGUGGCUGAUUUACGUUAUCAACUUAGUUUAUAAUACUAAAUUACCCGACCAAUUAUUAACCGAACCUUCUGAUAUCUGCAUUCUCGGCUCUCUCGUUCAUUUAGGUAUUCUUCCAAGAUGUUUUCGCGGAACCCGGAGGCUCUCACAGCAUCGAUGGAGUUUGGCGCACGAGCUUCAAAGCGUUUGUCAACACCAAAUACUGGUGCUAUCGAAUCAUUACAGCCAUCCUUGGUGUUCCAACGGCGGUACUUUGUGGUAUAUACUUCGCCUGCCUCAGUUUUGACUACAUAUGGUGCAUAAUGCCUUGUCUGAGAGCGUACAUUAUUGAGCUACAAUGUCUGGGCAAAAUCUUCGGGCUUUGUGUCAGGACAUUUUUCGAUCCGUUCUUCGAAUCGGUUGGGAAAGUAUUCGGGGGAAUCAAGGUUUCAACUCAAAAAGGAUAAAACUGACUAAUUAAGGUCCAUAGUGAUGAUAUCCACGGCAGGAAAUUUUUUGCCAUCUUAAGAAAGAGUUGGUAUGAUGCUUAUUGGAGUGAAUUACGGCUAUAUAUUUUAGGAAACUGUUGUCAAUUAACACAUAAACUGAGGGGUGCAUCAUGUACUCGCUCAAAAUAACCUUUUCUGGAUUAAACUCAGUUUCACUUUCACUUUUUGAAGACUUCAACCCUCAGGGCUUACUAAGCACAGCGAACUCGAUUUCUACCUUGAGGCCAUUCUAAGUCGGAAUGUGCCAUGUUUGAUAUCCCUCUCAUGUACCUUAAAGUAAAAACACCUCACGAGUAAUCUCGUACCCAGACUCUACCGUGUAGCAGUAACUGAAAUGAAGGAUCCUUACAACUGCUUUGCCGUGGAAGGUCUGGGCACGUGACUACCUAGUGAUAGGUUGGGCUUUUCGAAGGGAGCAAGACAGCAUAAAACUGAAAAAAGGACGUAAGUGUGGCUAUUUUCCUGAACACACAGGUAAUAAAGAGAAAUUUCAAACAUUAUCACGCAGGUAGUUUUAUAUAUAAUCUUUUAUCGCCUGUACGAGAUUCUAGUCCAGAGCAGUG